AUGUAUCGCCAAGCAUGGGUGACUGAUGAUGAUGCGAAUUAUCAAACGAUUUUGUGGAGGUCUUCCUCAGAUGAAAACAUAAAGGCCUAUCGCUUGCGAACCAUUACUUAUGGUACAACAUCUGCCCCCUAUUUAGCUACAAGAUGCUUAAAACAGUUAAGUGAAGAUCAUAUCGAUAAAUAUCCGAUUGGAUCGAGAAAGGUGUUAUCUGAUUUUUAUAUGGAUGAUUUGAUCAGUGGAUCAAACGAUGAAGAUGAAAUUUUUGAAAUAUAUAAUCAAGUAUCAGCAAUAAUGAACUCAGCAAAAUUUAAGUUAAGGAAGUGGUUUUCAAAUAGUGAAAAAUUUCUUAAUUUCGUGCCUGAAGCUGAUAAAGAAAAGACUCUUCGGAUGAAUAAUGAGGAAAUAAUAAAAACUCUUGGUAUCAUCUGGGCUCCAGUGGGAGAUACGUUUCGAUACGUUUGGCCAGAUUUUGAUAGCUCGAAAGCGGUGACAAAAAGAAUAGUGUUGUCGGAACUAUCUAAGUUGUUUGAUCCCCUUGGGCUUAUUAACCCAUUAAUCGUAAAGGCGAAGAUUUUCAUGCAAGAUUUGUGGAAAUUGAAGGCUAAUUGGGAUGAAACCCUACCAAUGAAUUUACAUAGUCAAUGGAUAGAAUUCCGCGAAAAUCUAAAAGACGUCAAGAAAAUAAGUGUGCCUCGAUUUGUUUUGGCAGAAAAACGAGUUGCUAGAGUUGAAAUGCAUGGAUUUGCUGAUGCAUCAAAAAGAGCUUUCGGGUGUUGUAUUUAUAUUCGCUCAAUAUGUGUGGACAACGACGUUACAAUGCAGUUGUGGAGUGCUAAAUCCAGAGUAGCGCCAUUAAAAACUUUAUCUUUACCAAAAUUGGAACUUUUGGCUGCGGAAUUGCUGUCGAAACUAGUGACAAAAACCAAAUCCAAUUUUCCAAUUUCUAUUGACGCGACCUAUUUAUGGGUGGAUUCCGAAAUUGUGCUAGAUUGGCUGAGCGAGCACCCAUCAAAUUAG